UGAGCCAAAUGCGGGCCGGGCAGUGACGCAGCUUCCAGACUGGCAAUGACACACGCAUGUACACGCGUACACGCGUACACGCACUACUGUAUUACCGCUCCCCCAUUCCCCGCCCCCUAUUUCCAAUUUGCAUAACGACUUCCGCCCCUGUUCGACGCGCCCGCCCUCCCCGUGCGCGUUCGCCGGCGAGCUAGCGGCGAUGGCAUGCAGAUCCCCACGCCGCACCGGACCUCUCGAAGCGGACCCACGGAACAAAUAACGCGCCGGGGGCAUCAACCAUGUGCUUCCUUGGGAACCGGAGGAGGAAAUGCUUUUUUUCUGUCUAUUUUUUCAAAUAGGCAGCUUUGUGGUAAAGAGAGAAGCCGGAUCGGGACCGACGUGUUUAUAUUCCACUGUACGUGGAAGUAGGGCACUACUUGGCAACAACUCGCGGAGGCUGGCGUGGGAAUUUUACACGCGAUUCCACAGAUCGAACGUUUAUUUUUUGAAGGGGCCCGGUUUGAACGUUUGGGAUUCCUGAACGUAAGCGCCCCCCUCCACCCCCCGCCGCGCACGAUCAGAUGCGUGAUUUAGUUGACAGCUGAUAUCAUGGGGGAGCCUGCAGCCCCUCUCAAAGUACCUGUGGAGGCCAUUAGUUUCACCAAACCUCAAUGAGCGCUGCAUUUUCCUGUGAAUAUCUCCCAAACUACUCAUUUGGCCCAUGAUCCCCACGCCUUAGCCCAUUGCCGGAUCUUCUCCCACCCACACGUCCACGAUGUGCAUCAUCCCCGCGGUGCUGAUCGUGUUGCUGCGUGGACUCGUCAUCUCUGCGGUACUAGGCUCCAAUUCGGCGGAUACUGGAAAUGAAGCUAGCCCAGACCCGUGCCUCAUGGUCAUGCCGCCGUGCGUGAGCGAUGCGGAUCGCUUCAGCCUGGUGGCCUUGCGACACAUCCACAAAGAGCUUGACGACGACAACGACGGCGGCAUCGAAGUGAACGAGAGCGUAGAGUUCAUAAGGGAAGACAUGAAGCAGCAGCAGACCAACAAGCACAGCAACUUGCAUCGCGAGGACCAGCACAUCACCGUGGAGGAGCUGUGGAAGGGCUGGAAGACCUGUGAAGUCCACAACUGGACGGUAGAAGACACGGUACGGUGGUUGAAGGAGUCGGUGGAGCUGCCUCAGUACGAAAAGAACUUCCGGGACUUCCGUGUGACCGGCAACACAUUGCCGCGAAUCGCCGCCAAUGAGCCGUCGUUCCUGUCCUUACAGCUCAAGGUGUCCGACCAGCGCCACAAACAAAAACUCAACCUCAAGGCGCUGGACGCGGUUCUUUUCGGACCCCCGCUGCGUCCACAACACAACUGGGUGAAAGACUUUGUCCUCAUGAUCUCCAUCGUGAUCGGCGUGGGCGGCUGCUGGUUUGCCUACGUGCAGAAUAAGUCCAGCAAGGUGCACAUCUGGCAGAUGAUGAAGGAUCUGGAGAGCCUGCAAAAGGCAGAGCAAAGCCUCCUCGAUCUGCAGAGUCGUUUGGAAAAGGCUCAGGAAGAGAACCGAACGGUGAUUGUGGAGAAGCAGAAUCUUGAGCAGAAGAUGAGGGACGAGAUCACCGGAGCCAAGAAGGAGGCCCACAGACUCAGGGACCUGCGGGAGGGUGCCGAAUGCGAGCUUAGCCGCCUCAAAUACGCGGAGGAGGAGCUCGUGCAGGUCCGAAAGGCCCUCAAGCGAGCCGAGAAGGAGAUGCAGUCCGAGCGGUCGCUGCCGGAAGCUCUGCAGACGUGGCUGCAGCUCACGCACGAAGUGGAGGUUCAGUACUACAACAUCAAGAAACAGAGCGCCGAGUUACAACUCUGCGUCGCCAAGGACGAGGCAGAGAAAAUCAAAAAGAAAAGAAGUUCUGUGUUUGGAACGCUUCACGUGGCGCACAGCUCGUCCCUGGAUGAGGUGGACCACAAGAUACUGGAGGCCAAGAAAUCCUUGUCGGAGGUGACGGCGUGCCUGAGGGAGCGCCUGCACCGCUGGCAGCAGAUCGAGAGGCUCUGCGGCUUCCCCGUGGUCAACAACUCGGGGCUGCCCAGUCUGACGGCCAGCCUGUACUCGGACCACAGUUGGGUGGUGAUGCCGCGCGUCUCCGUCCCGCCGUACCCCAUAGCCGGCGGCGUGGACGACCUGGACGAAGACACGCCUCCCAUCGUCCCGCAAUUCACCGCUACCUUGAUGCGGCCGGCGUUGACGCGCAACAGCGGCGGCGCGUGCCGCUCCCGCCGCAGCCUCGCGAGCUCGCCGCCGCCGCCGCCCUCCGUCUUGUCGGCCGAUCCCGACCUGCUUUCCGCGGCCGGCUCGUCGCUCUCCUAUGCCCUCGAGGCGGACGACGAAUAUGUCACGUUCAGCUCGGAUAGCCCCGAGACAGACGCUCCGAACCCGUCGAUGGGCCGCAAGCCGCCGCACUUUGUCAGCCUGGAAAAGCCGUGGCGCAGGAUUUCCCGCGAGGAAUUGCUGCUCUUCAACCAGUGUCACGAGUUGCCGGCGUCCGCCGGCAGCAACGGCGGAGACUCCACCCCGCCUCCUCUGCCCCCCACGCCCGCCCCCACCCCGUCGGGCCCGCCGUCCACCUCGCCGUCGCCGGACCUCACCCGCGCGGCGCCCGGGCACAACGGCGUCCUGGAGAAGUCGUACAGCUUCAGCACGUUGCCCGCCGGCACGCCGGCCUCGGUGGGCCGCUACCCGUCGCUCACCUCUCUGGACUCGGAGGGCCGCAGCGUGGGGCGAGAACGCAAGCUCCCGAGCGCCUCCUCCCAGGACUCCAGUGACAACGGAGAGAGAAUCAAGCGCUCCUCCUCCAAAAUCAAAAGCUUAUUCAAGAAGAAGAAAUAACACGUCGGGACGUGACUGUAAGCUAACGCUUCAGCAACCGCCGAAUGGUCCGGUCGCCUUGACCCCCCCCAUCGUUGCCUUGGCGGGGCCGCGAGUGAAAACACCAAGCCAGUCAUCGAUUUGCAAGACCUUUGACAAAAAGUUUUUUCUCCCCAAAACUACUCCAGCACUUGAUUUGUUGUUACCUAGCGUGGUGGGGUGGGGAGGUGAAGAGGUCACGCUAAAAAGCUCUUUGCACUACUCGCUGACGUUUGGGAAGAGACUCGAUUUAUUUAUUUUAUGAGGCGGAGAGGGGCGGGGCGGGGCGGUCACCUGAUGCCUAACAUUGUUUCGGAUUUGUUUGGGCGGGAAGUCGCCCGCCAUCCGUUGCUCCAGGUCGGUCACCUUCCACGACUUGAUUCCCUCCCUUCCCUUGCGUAGCCAUUCUUCAUUUUCAGGGCUCCCAAGUGUGCGUCUGUAUCAGACACCGUCAUUUGCUUCCUCAAAAAGAAAUGG